AUGUCUUUUAGACAAUAUAGUGUGCGAGCUUACAGCAACCUACCGGGAGCCUCAGGGAUUGGUGGAACAGGUCUGCCAAGUGGAAGUUACCACGCCAAUGCUACUACAUCUGCAGCCUCCUAUGCCACAUUUGGCUCCGCACCAACCACAACAAUAGCCUCCACCGCAACCUCAAAAACCACAGAAACAAUCAGCACUUCUACAUCUGCCAAUAGCGGCCAACCACCAACUGCCUCUACCUGUGAUACACUCAUCUCAGCUGUUGGUUCGACGGUCGCUGCAUUGACUAGCGGGCAGUUCAGUCUGACUCAACGCAACCCCCUUAUUCGAGCCAGCUCAAUUGGCCGCAAUCGCUCAGAGUCUCGUGAUAGCCAGUCUGAUGAUCAGAUGGAUAUUGGAAAGCAACCCGAAAAGAGGGGUUCUAUUAUUGAAAAUAUUGAUUGGGAUGUGGAAGGAGGUGGAUAUUCGGAGAUGAGUGAAGACCUUCAACCUAAAUCCCGAUUUACCACAAAUUUUAAUGAUAGGAGGCAUUCAGAUGAAGAAAGAGUUGUUCUUAAUGUUUCUGGGUUAAAAUUUGAGACACAACUAAAAACGCUUAACAGGUUCCCUAACACUCUUCUUGGUAAUCCACGAAAACGCAACCGAUAUUAUGAUCCACUAAGAAAUGAAUACUUCUUUGAUCGAAACAGACCAAGUUUCGAUGCCAUCUUAUACUAUUAUCAAUCUGGUGGAAGGCUUCGAAGGCCUGUAAAUGUCCCGAUUGACGUUUUCACAGAAGAAAUCAGCUUUUAUGAGCUUGAUGAUGAAGCCGUACAAAAAUACCGAGUUGAUGAGGGUUUUCUCAAGGAAGAUGUCAAAUUUCUACCAGAAAAUGAAUUCCAGCGGAAAGUGUGGUUGCUAUUUGAAUAUCCGGAGAGCUCCUUUGCUGCACGAUGUGUCGCCAUUUGUUCCAUCUUUGUAAUUAUCCUCUCAAUUGUCAUAUUUUGCAUUGAAACAUUACCUCACUUCAAACACUAUCGAAUCACAAAUGGGACUUCCAGAUCAUCGGUAUUGGAUGUUGGGGAAGACAUGGUUGAUAGUACUGUUUAUGAUCCUGGUUCUAGUUACAUAAGAACUGUUCGAGAUACCUCGGCGAAUGCUCAAGGCCAAUGGGAUGACCUAUUUAACAACGUAUUGAUAGUAGAAGACGAUAUACCCCACCUUGCUGAACCAUUUUUCAUAAUUGAAACGGUAUGCAUAAUAUGGUUCACCUUCGAGUUGAUGGUUAGAUUUGCUUCCUGUCCUCAAAAGGUCGCAUUCUUUAAGAAUAUCAUGAAUUUUAUUGAUAUUGUCGCGAUUAUUCCUUACUUCAUUACUCUGGGUACCGUCAUAGCCGAUGAUUCCAAACGUCAGAACCAAGCAAUGUCACUGGCAAUUCUUCGCGUUAUUCGAUUAGUUCGUGUUUUCCGAAUCUUUAAGCUCUCCCGACAUUCUAAGGGUCUGCAAAUACUCGGCCAAACCCUCAAAGCCAGUAUUCGGGAGUUAGGUCUCCUUGUAUUUUUCCUUUUAAUCUCGGUUAUUCUUUUCUCUUCUGCCGUAUAUUUUGCUGAAGUGGAUGCGGAAAAGACCUUCUUUCGAUCCAUACCCGAUGCAUUUUGGUGGGCUGUUGUAACAAUGACAACAGUGGGCUAUGGUGACAUGCGACCUGUGACGGUAGGUGGGAAGUUGGUUGGUUCUCUGUGUGCCAUUGCUGGUGUCUUGACCAUUGCCCUCCCGGUGCCUGUUAUUGUCUCCAACUUCAACUACUUUUAUCAUCGAGAAACGGAGACGGAGGAAAAGCCCAGCUUCACUACUGUUUCCUCCUGUCCACUCUGUAAAACACCCAGUAUAUGCAGUUCGAAAUCUGGUGGUGGUUUACUUAAUCUAACCAAAAGGCGUAGUCACGAUGGAAGUGAGUACGAAUCUUCUGGCUCACUUAAACGUGAACAAGCUACCGUCAGUGGGGACGAAUCUCAACCUAUUCGUGACUCAAACGAAAAUUCCGUAGGCAUUCCAAUGCUAACAAAUGUAGACGAAAUUCCUGCAUCUGCUAUUUCUCCCGAACCUUAUAGUAUGGCCGAGGAUGAGAAGGGUAAAUUGAAGAGGCAGAGAAAGGAAGGAAUGCUGAUGCGACCAGGAAUUCUAAAUGCGCUAACUCAGCCUUUUAAUAAACUUGGAAUGGCUUCCGGAACCACAGCAGAUCAUCCAACAGAACUGACAAAGCUUUCAAGGCAUAGUACAGCAUCUUUACCCUCUUCUCCACAGGCCACUGUACUAUCAAAUACUAUUCGACUUUCUUCCCUAAAGUCACACCAGGAAGAAGAAGUCUGA